AGUCUGGGCUGGUAGUGGGGUAGGGUCUUUAGGUGUCCGUGAGGGGAUGUAAGAGAACAAAGUCUUACAAACAAACCAGAGGGUACAGCUUUAUUAUACACGGACGUCUUUUUAGAACAGAGAUAAAAAGGAAGGAGAAUGGAGUUGAGAGGAAAAAUAAACCAGCCAUGUUUGAAUGGUGGAGCAGACUCUAUGUGCCAAAUGGCCUAAUUCUGCUCCCAUAUCAGAAAUGCAGCUUGUUGGGGCGGGGGUGGUUCUGAUUGUGGGCCAAGUUGGAAAUCAGCAGGGCUGUUGUGAACGGCUAAAUACUGGCAUAUUUCUAAGACAAAUUGAGGCCAUCACUUCUGACAGUGAUGUCACUGGGGCAGAACUUUAUGACAUCAUCCCAGAGAGAGGCCCUAUAAAAUAUCUGCAGUCAGGUCUCUUUCAGUGAGCAGUCGAUGAAAAUAACCAGGACAUGAAGAAGCAAACCAAAACAGGGUACAAGAUGGGUAGAGCUCAGAGACCAAAGAGUGCAAGCACAUCCACCAGCAAGACGUCUGGGACCAUGGCCAGUGGCAAUAUGAUGUACGCCAAUUCUCUGCUAUCACGAUGCAGUAGUUUCGAAGAUGCUUUAGUGCAAGAAUACAUCAAAGAGAUCAGUAAAGGUUCCUCAUCUUCACCAAAGCGACUGCCAAGAAAAUGUAGAUCCCCGUAUGAAAGGCCAAUCUGUAUGCAGAGUGGAAAACCAUCUUUCCGGUCUACAGUUGGAUUUCGCACUUGUUCACAGAGCAGAAGAAGGAGAAUGCAUAGUUCAUUUGAUAACUAUCGCACAGUGUCAGCCUGCAAAAGCACCUUUUCAACUCAUAAAAAGAAAUGCAGUCUCCGGCUUCCAAAGAUCAAAAGAUGCUUGAGUGCUCCCUCUGGAUCAGUUAGGAAGGUGUAUUCUUCAUUGUCUUCAAGGCUGCUGACAGCUUGCCAGGAUUGCAAACGAAAGCCACUCUCUAAACAUCAGGAGACGAUCAUAAAAGUAACAGCUUUCAAGAAUGGGACGCACAAUAUUUCUGCAAAACUUGCAGUGCUUAACUUCAAACUGUUGCUGGAGGAGAGUACCAUAAAACUCAACCUGAACUCAGCCGCGAGGAGAGUUUUUCUUGCAAAUGGCCGAGAAGUAUUUGAGUCAAAAGAGAUUCCUCAAAAUGUUGAUGUCUAUAUUUCAACUGGAGAGCCAUUCAAAAACAUGAAAGACCAUCUGUCAUUGGCCAAAAGGGUGAGCUGGACUAUGAAAGGGAUAGAACUUCCUUUUGACAGGGAGCAUGGCAGGACAAAGCCCAUUCUCUCAAGCCGUCUGAAGAAGCUCAUUGAAAAUGGUGCUGUCAGAAUUCUGGUUUUCAAAAAUGGUGCAGGGCAGGAUGGGGAUGAAAUCGCCACCUCACUGGAUGACCAACAACAGUUUUUAGACCAAUGCACUCUAAAGAUCAGAUUAAUGUCCCCAGCAAAAUAUCUGUAUGACUGGGAGGGCAAUCGAAUUUACGACCUCAAAACAGUUCCAUUGCUCGACAAGUGCCUGCAGAAUUCCAUCACACCUCUCCGUGGACCUGUCUGGGUCUCUAAAGGAGAAGGGUUCAUUCUGUCCGGAUCUAAGGCGUACAUCCAGGGAAUCAUAAAGGCUAUAAAUCAAAAGCUGAAGGCUGCAAGGAAUUACAGAAAGCAGAUAUCGCAUUGCUCUGAUGCAAGUGCCACUCCACUCUUUAAGAAGAGAGCAAGUUAUAGACCAGUUAGCCUGACUUCACUGGCUGGGAAGAUGUUGGAGUCCAUUACUAAGGAUGAGGUUUCGGGGUACUUGAAGGUAUAUCAUGCCUUGAAUGGACGUGCAGGGAAGGUCUUGAACAAAAACCUCCUCUCCAUGGCUACAGGAGAACUGUAUAAAAUAAGUGAAAAUCUGGACAACUUGAUUGAUGAACUGCGAGUUUCUCUGAAAAAGCACAAUAGUCAGCUCAGCAAACUUAGGCCGCUAUUACAAGCUGAAAAGGGGCAUUACAGCGGCUUUGUGGACCAGCAUAUUAAUACGCUUUCAGCAAGCAGCAUGCUCUCAAAAGGACUGCAGAUAAAAGUGUAUCGAAAUGGCUGGAACACUGGAGAGGUUUCCAUGUUUAUUAACAUGAAAACAAUUGAAAAAGAUUCUGGCAAUAACAAAUUAAAUAUGGAUCGGCUUCUUCAGCUAAUUUGCCAAAGGCUGCAGUGCUCACCGGGAUGCUAUUCGUCAGGUCUUAACCUCAGUCCUACUCGGCUGUUUGAUGAAAAGGGACACGAAAUAAGAAAUCCACUCUCUCUCAAAAAUGGCCAGAAGGUUUGGGUAUCUUACGGAGAGGAGUACAGAAGCAUUAGCAAACCAUUUCUUUGUGUAAUGUUUGACUGUGUUCGAGGAGUUAUGAACCAGGGUCAAAAGGUGGUUUACAAAACUCCUUUGGAAUAUGAUGGUCCAUUAAAUGGUUUGGAAAAGUAUGAGACUUGGGAAAUAUGUACAGGGUUCCCAGAAAAAUAUAACUGGAUGCAAAUGAAUGAACCCAGCCAAGAAGAAGUGGAGAUGAUAGAUAAACAUCACUUCCUUCAGUUCAAGAAUGAUCCCCAAGUGGUCGUCUAUCCUUCGGUUACCAUCGAAAACAGGAGUGAGAAUACUCUUCCGGCAAAAAAGGAGCAAAAGAAGUCCAAGGUUUCAGUGGGAAUCUCAACGUGCUUUUCAGCUCACAUAUGGGUUGUUGCAAAGUCUGGAAUAAUUUUGUGUCGCGCUUACCCACAACUCUGCCUGGCCGUGAGUGAUCAACAAAUCCGACUGAAGAAUGAGGACAACGUGGAGUUGGAAGGAUACAAGUUAGCUGUGCAGAAAAGGAUGAAACGGAGUCCACAGCAACUGUGGGGGUUCAACACAGCUGGGAACAUUUACUCGAUGGCUUAUCCCAAAAUGGUUCUCACAUAUCUGGGGGAUUUGAAAAUGAGGGCAGACGAAGAGUGUACAGAGCACCAGGUCUCUGCAGACAGUCCCAGGAAGGGCAGACACAAACAAGUUUGCAGGGCCUCAGAAGUCCAAUUAAUAUCUGGAGGAUCCCUCGAGGUUGAUACGCAGCUGACUGUGGCACUGUUAACAAAGCUGGAAGAGAAACACCCCUGGACUCCAGCCCAGAGAUGGGCCAUCAAACAGGAAGGAAUAGCAAAGCCAGGUCAAUGGAAGAAGUCAAAGCAGGAGAACGCCCUGUGGAACAAGCUGACCUACAUGUGGCCUUUGAUGCCAGAUGGUGAAUUGAAUGAGGAAUAUGAUUGGCCGAUUGAAGGAUCCCUUCUUCCCAAUGCCCCACCGCUAAAAACCCAAGAACAGAAAAGUCAAGAGGUAUACACCCCAGUGAGACUAAAGGUUCUGAAGAAUGGAGAACAAGACAAGUCCAGGGCACGAAAGGUCACAGGACCAGACAUCACCAGCAUGCUCAAGAAAACCUGUAAUUCUGCAAAGAAUAAGGUUCAGCAGAGAAGGAGCCAUGAAUUGCAGAUGAGAACAGACACACAAGAGGGCAACACAAUCAAAGCACACCAGUUCGAAUUUCAGCAGUUCCUAGAGAGGUGCACCUCAGUGCUAGGCCUACCUUUUGCAGCCCGCCGACUGUUUGAUGAAAGUGGACAGGAGUGGAGUCUUCUGACAGACCUUCAGAGGGAUCAGUUGGUGUACGUGUCUUGUGGGGAGGCUUGGAUAGAUCCAAAGGUAAUCUCUGUGGAACAAAAGAAGCGUCUCUGCCUUGCAAGCCUGACCACUGAUGUUGCGAUGAUCCACACUUAUUGUGCCACGUGUGAUCCACAAGGUCUGGUCCUUGAGGUUGUGGGUAACGUCGUUGCUGGAGCCAGAUUGGCAUUAGCUGAAUGUGCUGUCCCCACUGAUUGUGAAGAUGUCUGCUGUGAAUCUGAUAAACCAGACCAAACUUGCUCUCUAACAACUGAUGAAGGCCUUAGCAGGGAUGAAAGCCUCUUUCAUGACUUACUAGACGCACAUGCCAGGGCACAUCUUAUUCUUGAUGCUCAGCCUCCCAAAGGACUUUAUCCAUGGGAGAGAAAUUCAAGAGCAUUUGAUAAUGAUGAAGUCACAGAGCAGGAAGAUGGGAGGUCAUAUACAAGCAUGAAUCAAUACAAUAAAUACAGACCCCAAAUAAAAUCUCUUAAACCACCACAAAAAGUACAUCAGCAGCAAUUUCAGUUCCAAGAUGGAUAUAUUGUCAACUGUAGCUGCCCCUGGCUCGUUGUGGGAGUUCCUGAGACGAGUGCACACCCAGGGAUGGAGGUGAUACUGGUGGAGAGGAAAGCUGAUGACGUCUUUCAGCAAUGGAAAUUAAAAGAGGAAAACAGGACCUUACACUUAAUGGGGAAUCCUGACCUUGUACUUACAGUCUCAAUGCCUCAAAUUAACACUGGCAAUAGCAGGAGUGUGAUGGAGUUUCAAGGACGUCCAGUUAUCCUUCAGAUCUACAAGGAAUACAGUAAUGGGGCGGCCAAUCAGAAAUGGUCCUGGGAGCCAAAGAUGAAAAUACUGUGUGCUUUUUCUACUUCUAUCUUGGACAAUGAAGUCACAGCAGCAAACCAUGCCAAUAUCUGCACCUUCUGUAUCUGCAGAACUCAGGAAACGGACCAACCUGGUUACUACUUCACUCAUCCCAGUACAAAGCAGAGAACUGUGGUUUGUUUGGCUUGCGCCAGGACACUGAGGGGACGGAAUGUCAUGACCAAGUUGCAGCCAGGUGUGCCAUUCACCUGUGCCACGGGCUGCAAAGAGAGCCAGCUAGAAGCAACAGGACCCUUCAAGUACAUCAGAGUCACAAAGGUUGACCUUUCUACCUCUGUAGCCAAAAGCAGCUUGGCUCACUUGGAAGCAAAACUGAAUUCCUUGCAGAUGGAAACAUCAGUACAAACCAUCUCAUGGGAUAUCUCAGCUGCCAAGACCCAGCCAGCAGUAAGAAUCUUAGCCUAUCGAAAUGGCGCCGGAUACAAGGAUGGUGAAUUGGUUAUUGGAACAACAUUUUCUUCGUUGCUUGCCACGUGCACUCAGAGAUUGAAGCUGGCCAGACCUGCACACAGACUGUACACAGCUGAUGGAAGCCUAAUCUUGGCUGUCAGUGAACUGAUCGCUAGAGCUGUCAAUGACUGUCUACAGGAACAAGAGCGUGAAGUAACACGUACUGACGAAGACAAAGACUCAAGCAAGUUGUCUCCUCACUUGGUGGCCUGUGAGGAGCUGAAGAUUAGCCCCAGCACCAGGAAGCCUAUAGAGGUCUGGGUGUCCUGUGGAGAACCAUUUAUACCUUUGAGUGAGUCGAACAAAAGACUGAGGAUGCAACGAAAACAGUGGCUGCAGAAGGAGAAGUUUCUCUCUGAUCUUGAUAUGAUGAAGCACAAGAUACGCCACCUUCAAGGGAGGCGGGUGGGAUCAAUGGACCCUGCCAACAUGGUUCCAACAAAGUGUCCGGUUCAGCCUGUGGUAGUGGAGGGUGGGUGGACGAAGCCUUCCCCAGAGGAAGUGAGACUCACGGAGGAUGUACAGAACAUGGAGAUGCAUCUGUCGGAAGUCCAAAAUAUACUAAUGAAGGAACGCCCAUCAGUUCUCAGCAAGAUGGUCUCCAAUCAAAGGCUUCUGUACAGCCAACCAAAUGUCAAGAGAGUUCUAGCAUAUCUAAAUGGUGAUUACCCUGAUCAAGGAGUGUAUGCCUGGGGCACGACUAUUCCAGAGCUGCUGGAGAGCUGCACAAUGCGGCUGAAGCUGAGAUCCGCAGCCAAGGUUCUGUUCAGUCCUGAUGGAGAGCAGAUCACCUCGUGGGAAAGAAUAGAACGAGACAUGAUGGUGUGCGUCUCCCUGGGGGAGCCGUUCCUAACCAGCGCAGGGAGCCGGCAAAGAGUGGAGAUCAGAGCCAACUAUGCAAGAAUGCGGAAAGAAUAUGGGCAAGGCAUCACCAACAUUGUUAUUAAAUCAAGUAUAAACCUCAAAUCACAGGCUGAGGCUCCCAGCCCAUUUCUGGCCCUUCUCCCAGGCAGAGAUAUUAAUGAAUGAACAAGACAGUGAAGACUUUGGAGUUAUCCUAAUACAAAUCCUAAAGCCCAACAUUUCCUGAUGAGAAAAUGGAUUUGUCAAAUUGCAGUGGAUUCUUGUUGUCAACCUUUUCAACUUCCCUUCAUCUUCAAAGUGUCACCACAAGAGAAUGAAGCUCCAAGAAGAACUGAUGAUGAAGGAUGAAUAAUUCAAGAGGAAUAUCUGGAAUCUUCAUGUUGCCUGGUUUAAUGAAGCAGUACCUGCAAAGACCGGUUGGGUGGGACGAUUUUAUUGGUAUUGGGUUAUUAUUGUCACAUGUACCAAGAUACAGUGAAAAGCUUGUCUUGCAUACUAGUCAUACAGAUCAGAUCAUUACACAGUGCUUUGAGGUAAAAUAAAGUAAAACACUUAACAAUGUAUAAUAAAGUGUAAAAGCUACCCAAAACGUGCAGUGCAGGUAAAUAAUAAAGUGCAAGAUCAUAAUGAGAUAGACUUUGAGGCCAAGAGUCCAUCUUAUCAUAUAAGUAGAUGGCUGAAGUCCUUGGUCUGUGAGUUCACUGGGGAAAUUAGAGGGCUGAUGGGUCCAAUGGAGGCGGAAGCCCGAAGGUGGUCCGUCCUGGAAUUGGAGGGCUGUCCAUGUGAAUGAGUGGGAGGAAAGGGGCUUGCUUUGCUGUGAUUAUUUCUUCUGUUCAAUGGGAGUUCAGUGAAACCCUUUCUCACUGCACCCCCUCUGAGAUCUCCUGACCUCUGACUCUUUGACCAGAUCUACUACCACAGCCACCUAUUCUUCCUGGGAGCUUGUCUUCACUGCCUGUAGGAGUCCUUCUUCUCCAGGCCUUGACCUUUCCCACCCACCUAGCUUUACUUAUCACCUUCCAGCUCGCCUCCUUCCUUCCCACCCCCCCACCUUUUCAGUUCGAUAUGUUGACUAUUAAUUUCCAUAGACGCUGCCUGACCAGCUGAGUUCCUCCAACAUUUUGUGUGUGUUGCUCAACAUUUCCAGCAUCUGCAGAAUCUGUGUUUGUUUUUUUUUGUUGCUGUUGUUCUGCUGAACAUUAUGAGCAUACUAUGUUAGCAUCUGAAUGUGCAGUGACACUUGCUGGGUGCCCCAGUAUAUCUCUCGCUUGUGUUAGUUGUUAUGCAUUUCACUGUAUGUUUUGAUGUGAUAAAUUAACUAAUCUGAAUCAAGAGGUCCAUUCUUAAGUCUGAUAAGAGUGGGAUAGAAGCAAGUGACUACCAAGUUAAGAUUUGGUUAAAUUUCAAAAUAAGUAACUGGGAAUUUAUCAGAAGCAAAACCAAGAAAAGUCUUUCCCAACCAAUAAAGCAAUUAGUGGUCAUUCUUUCAAACAACAACUGUAACUCAAAAUCAUAAUACUGCAGAUGUUUAAAAAGGCGGCAUCCGUCGGUCUCAAGAGACCAUGGAUCUGCGCCUGGAGGGUGCAGGCCUGGGCAGGGUUGUAUGGGAGACCGGCAGUUGCCCAAGCUGCAGGCCUUCCCCUCUCCACGCCACCGAUGUUGUCCAAGGGAAGGGCACUAGGACCCAAGCAGCUUGGCACCGGUGUUGUCGCAGAGCAAUGUGUUGUUAAGUGCCUUGCUCAAGGAUACAAACACGCUGCCUCAGCUGAGGCUCGAACCAGUGAACUUCAGGUUACUAGUCUGAUACCUUAUCCGCUAGGCCACGCGCCAACACAGAUGUAGUUGCAGAUGUUUAAAAACUUGAAAUAGCACAAAAUGGUCCAAGUACUCAGCAGGUCAGGCAGCAGCUAUAGAGAGAGAAAUUAAUUAUAGAAGAAAGUUGUCAAAAUGAAGUGUUAAUUCUGCCUGAGCUGUGAUUGCAUCCAGCAUUUUAUGCUUCAUUACACAAAAUUGAAUUCGUCCAUAUUGAACAGACAAGCACCCUUCCCCAGGCAGUUCCCACUGAAUAUAUCAAGAUAUCCUACAAGCACAAUGAAGCCUUUUCACCCCAAUAUUCCCUGCUGGCUCUUUGGAAACAAAAACUAUUCUGUUGAAUCCCAUGUCUAAUUCUCUCAUACUUUGGACAUACACUAUUUCCUUCUCAUACUGUUAUUGAAAUUUGCUAUGGAAUGUGUUUUGAUUUCUUCUUCAGGCAAUGUAUCCUGAAUUUUUAACCUCUCAGCUUGGCGUUUCUCCCUGUUUACCCUAUCUAAAUAUAUUUUCUGCCCUCCCACCAGGCAGAAGAAUCAAAAGCCUGAAAGAGCAUAUUACCAGCCUCAAGGACAAAUUCUAUCCAGCUGUUAUAAGACUAUUGAAUGGUCCCUCAGUAUGAUCAAAUAGAACUUUGACCUCAUAAGCACAGAGAACUCUGCAGAUAAAGUAGCAUCUAUGGAGAGGAACAAAGAGUCAACAUUUCAGAAUUCUGACUUCUUCACCCUUGCUUUCCAGUCCUGCUGUAGGGUCUAGGCCAGAACAUUCACUCUAUUCCUUUCCAUAGAUGCUGCCUGACCUGCAAAGUUCCUCCAGCAUUUUGUGUGCGUUACCCUUGACUACUCUGUGAUGGGGUGGAUAUACAUCUCUACCAAAGAAGGUGUAAGGUGCUCCUUCCCUCCACUAGCCUGCAGGUAGGUCACUCUUUAGAAAGGUAUAGCGACUGCUUAGCCAUCACCCCCUCCCAUCAGGGUCACGUGAAGCCAUAGAAGCAGGUGGUGCAUGGUUGUAUGAGCAGGUCAUGUAUAUCACAAGUCCUGGUUAUGCAACCACCUUCACCAGGCAGACAAUCUCUGAAGGGUAUUGGUAAAGGUUGGUGUCUUGUAAAGACACUGUCCAGAAGAAAGCAAUGGCAAAUACCUUCUGUGGAAGAACAAUCAUGGUCAUGGAAAGACUAUGAUCACCCAUGUCCUAUGAUAUGUCACAUAAUGAAUGAAUGAACCCUUGACCACAUAAUCAAGCUUCUUGUGGUCUUACACCUUAUUGUCUGCCUGCAUUGCAAAUUCUCUGUAACUGUAACACUUUAUUCUGUCAUGGCUUUCCUUUGUUGUACCUCAAUACACCGAUGAUCUGUACAGAUACCAUGCAAAACAAACACGCAUCUCAUUACACAUGAGAAUAAUAAAA